AUGCCUACCCUUCGUCUUCAGAAGCGCCUUGCGGCCAAGGUGCUUAAAUGUGGAAAAAACAAAAUCUGGUUGGAUCCAAACGAAGCAAAUGAGAUUGCCAAUGCUAACUCUCGUCAAAACAUUCGGAAACUUGUAAAGGAUGGUUUGAUCAUCCGCAAGCCAGUGAAGAUUCACUCUCGUGCUAGAGUUCGCAAGAAUGCAGAGGCUCGCCGUAAAGGUCGUCAUAUGGGACAUGGCAAGAGAAAAGGUACCGCAAAUGCCCGUAUGCCAACUAAGAUUCUGUGGAUCCGACGUAUGAGAGUUCUGCGCAGGUUGUUGAGGAAGUACAGGGAGGCUAAGAAGAUUGACAAGCAUUUGUACCACGAGCUGUACAUGAAGUGCAAAGGUAAUGGAUUCAAGAACAAGCGUGUACUGAUGGAGUUCAUCCACAAGAGAAAGGCAGAGAAGUCCAGAUCCAAGAUCCUUAGUGACCAGGCUGAGGCUCGUAGACAGAAGGUUAAAGAGGCUCGUCGCAGACGUGAAGAGCGCAUUGCCCAGAAAAGAGAAGAGUUGUUGAAAAACAUUGAAGAACCCAAGAAAUAA